AUGGUUCAGUUCAAGAAUAUUUUUCUAGGAGAAAAGCCGAGACACACAAGGGUCAAUACAAGCCAAUAUUGUAUCAGAGCGGGUGGAAAGCAUAAUGAUCUAGAAGAUGUAGGCAAAGACAACUAUCACCACACAUGUUUUGAGAUGCUGGGAAAUUGGUCAUUUGGAGAUUAUUUCAAGGAAGAGGCUAUC